GCGAGCCAAGAUGGAGCGCGGCCGCUGAGAUCCCGCCGGGGGCCGAUAUCCGCCGUCAUCCGCCGCGCCGACCGCGGCUCCGCGCCUUGCUCCGCCUGCCCGCGGCUGCCGCCGGCUCGCAGCGACUCGGCGAGGGUUGUAUCGAGCGGAUCGCGCCGGGUUCGGGGGGUCCGGUGAGGCUCCGAAGAAGGGACCCCCCCCUCCCUCCCCACUCCGCUUCUCCCGGUGCCCUCCGCCUUCCCCCGUUACAUCCCCUCAGAGCGCGCCGCCAUUUUCGCCGCGCCCGUGGAUGUGAGGCCGCGCGAGGGUCCCGGGACCGCCGCCGCCGCUGCCGCCGCUUGAGGAGGACGAAAAGGGGAGGGGGCUCCCGGCAAGACCCCCCUCCCCGGCCGCCGGGGAUGCGCUGACGGUGGGGGGGCCCCCACCGGGCCGGGAGCGGCGAAGCUUUGGCCGGGCAAAGUGGGGGGGUCGUCGGAGGAGACGGCGGGAGGAGGAGGAGGAGGAGGAGGAGGAGGAGACGAAGGCCGGCCGGGCCCGCGGGCCGCGCACGCAGCCGCCGGGAUGUUGCAGAAUGUGAAUCCCCAGAGCAAGAUUCUGGGGGAGGGCAACGCCGGCCUCAUGGCCCUCGCCACGGACUCGACCCCCGGCAAACGGAUCCGGAAACCUUCGCUGCUCUACGAGGGCUUCGAGAGCCCCACCAUGGCCUCGGUGCCUUCCCUUCCCAAUCCCCAGGUGAAUCCUCCUCCUCCGGAGGUUUCCAAUCCCAAAAAACCGGGCAGGAUCACCAACCAGCUCCAGUACCUGCACAAGGUGGUGAUGAAAGCCCUCUGGAAGCACCAAUUCGCGUGGCCCUUCCGCCAACCCGUGGACGCCGUCAAGUUGGGGUUGCCGGAUUAUCACAAAAUCAUCAAGCAGCCCAUGGAUAUGGGAACCAUCAAGAGACGUUUGGAGAAUAAUUAUUAUUGGGGAGCAGCCGAGUGCAUGCAGGACUUCAACACCAUGUUCACCAACUGCUACAUCUACAACAAGCCCACGGACGACAUCGUGCUGAUGGCGCAGACGCUGGAGAAGCUCUUCCUGCAGAAGGUGGCGCAGAUGCCGCCGGACGAGCAGGAGCUCGUCGUGCCCCUGGCCAAGAACAGCCACAAGAAAGGGGCGGCGCGGGCAGCAGCUCUCCUGGCCGGGCUGACCGGAGGAGCUCAGCAGGUCCCGGCCGUGUCCUCGGUGUCCCAACCCUCCGGAUACGCUCCGAGCGCUCCCGAAAUUCCCACCACCAUCGUCAACAUCCCGCACCCGUCGGUGAUCUCGGCCCCGCUCCUGAAAUCCCUGCAUCCCAACGCCCUUCCCGGCAAUCCCAGUAAUCCCAGUAAUCCCAGUCCCGCCGUCCUGGCCGCCCCCGCGCCCACCCAGCCAGUGGCCAAGAAAAAGGGCGUGAAGCGGAAAGCCGACACCACCACUCCCACCACCACGGCCAUCAUCGCCACCAGCGGCGAAUCCUCUCCCUCCAUCCCCGAAAAUCCCAAAGCCGCCAAAAUCCCGGCGCGGCGCGAGAGCGGCCGCCCCAUCAAACCCCCCCGCAAGGAUCUGCCCGAUUCCCAGCAGCACCAAACUUCCAAGAAAGGGAAACUCUCGGAGCAGCUGAAAUACUGCAACGGGAUCCUCAAGGAGCUGCUGUCCAAGAAGCACGCGGCCUACGCCUGGCCCUUCUACAAACCCGUGGACGCCUCGGCGCUGGGGCUGCACGACUACCACGAGAUCAUCAAGCACCCCAUGGAUCUCAGCACCAUCAAGCGGAAGAUGGAGAACCGGGAAUACCGGGACGCGCAGGAAUUCGCGGCCGACGUGCGGUUGAUGUUUUCCAACUGCUACAAGUACAACCCCCCCGACCACGACGUCGUGGCCAUGGCCAGGAAGCUCCAGGACGUCUUCGAGUUCAGCUACGCCAAAAUGCCGGACGAGCCGCAGGAUUCCGGAGCGGCCUCGGCGUCGGCGCCGCUUCCCAUUUCCAAAUCCUCAUCCGAGGAAUCUUCCAGCGACGAGGACGAGGAUGAGGACGAGGAAGACGAGGACGAGGACGAGGAAAGCAGCACGGAAAGUUCCUCGGAAAGCGAGGAAAGCUCGGAUUCCGAGGAGGAACGAGCCAACCGCCUGGCGGAACUCCAGGAACAGCUGCGGGCAGUGCACGAGCAGCUGGCUGCCCUCUCGCAGGGCCCCGUUUCCAAACCUAAGAAAAAGAGGGAAAAGAGGAAGAAGAAAAAGUCGGAAAAGCACAAAGGGAGGGGAGGAGCGGACGAGGAAUCGCGGGCGAGGCAGGCGCAGCUGCGGAGGGCUCGGAAAGCCGGAGCGGGAGGAGGAUCCAAAAAUUCCAAGAAAUCUUCCAAACCCGCCAUCCCUGCUCCUCCCUCGUCGCUGCUGGAUUCCGAAGAGGAGGAGGAAUCCAAGCCCAUGACCUACGACGAGAAACGCCAGCUGAGCCUGGACAUCAACAAACUGCCCGGAGAGACUGGCAGGGUCGUGCACAUCAUCCAGUCCCGGGAGCCGUCGCUGCGCGACUCCAACCCCGAGGAGAUCGAGAUCGACUUCGAGACGCUGAAGCCGUCGACGCUGCGCGAGCUCGAGCGCUACGUGCUCUCGUGCCUGCGCAAAAAGCCCCGCAAGCCCUACAGCGAAACCCUGAAGAAGCCGGUGGGGAAGACGAAAGAGGAGCUGGCUCUGGAAAAGAAGAGGGAAUUGGAAAAGCGGCUCCAGGACGUCAGCGGGCAGCUGAACUCGGCCAAGAAACCGCCCAAGAAGGCGAGCGAGAAGCCGGAAUCCGCCCAGGCCGCGGCCGCUUCCCGGCUCAGCGCUUCCAGCUCCAGCUCCGAUUCCAGCAGCUCCAGCUCCUCCUCCUCUUCCUCGGACACCAGCGACUCGGAUUCCGGUUAGUCAGGGGCGGAAUUCCCAGAAAAACAACAACAAAAAAAUCCCGGAAAAAAAAAAAAAUCCCGGAAAAAAAAAAAUGGCCAGGAAAAAAAAAUCCCGGGGAAAAAAAAAAAAAAUCCCGAAAAAAAAAGGAAAAAAAAUUCCAGGAAAAAAAGAAAAAAAAAUUCCCAAGAAAAAAAAAUUCCGGGAAGAAAUUCUUGGGGAAAAAAAAAAAUUCCCAGGAAAAAAUUUAAAAAUCCGGGGUUGGAAAAAAGGAGAGAAACACCAAAAAAAAUCUGCCGGAAAAUGAGAAAUUUCUGGAAGAAAUAAAGAGGAAAAAAACAAAAAUUCCGGGAAAAAAAAAUGUUGGGAAGCGGCUCCGCGGGACCGGACCUGAGCUGAGCUGGGAAUUUUCCCCCUUUUCCCAAAAAAAAAAAAGAAGGAAAAUUGGAAAUCCCCCCCCUUUUCCCUUCCCCCCCUCACCCAGCGCGGACUUUUGGGAUAAACGGGGGAAUUCCGGGUUUUUCCGACCGGGAUGAGGCGUGCGAAUUAUUCCCAGUUUCCC